AUGCCAACAGACAACAGCCAACUGCCAGGCAGUAUCCAAGAACAAGACCCUGUUACUACUUCAAGCAAUAAUUGCCUGCAUAAUGCUGAGGAAUUGGGAAUUGAACAAGAAAAUGGCAUUUGUAACAGUGACCUGGGUAAUAGUAUUAGAGUUCCCAACUCUGCCAGCCAGUCAUCCACUACCAUGGCUGUUCCUUUGGAGGUGCCCAGAAGAGGACAACCCCUUUUACAGAUCAACAGGCAGCAUAUUCAGUCCAUCUCAUAUAGUGCACAGGCUGCUGAGCUCAAAGGUUUAGGAGUUGAUGUCUAUGACCAGGAUGUAUUGGAGCAAGGAGUUCUUCAGCAAGUAGAUAAUGCAAUUAAUGAAGCUAAUAAAGCAACAAAAAUAGCUGAUGCAGAGAAAGAAUAUCGGUCAGUGCUGGAUGACUUAAGAUCAUGUACAACAUCUCUGAAACAAGUAAAUAAAAUUAUUGAGCAACUUUCACCUCAAGCUGCUGACAACAAAGAUAUAAACAGAAAACUAGAUUCUGUAAAACGGCAAAAAUAUAACAAGGAGCAACAGCUAAAGAAGAUCAAAGCAAAACAAAAGCGUCUGCAAGCAAUUCUUGGUGGAACAGAGAUUCUUGAUAAAGUAAAUGAGAUUGAGUUCGAGGAAGAUGAAGAACCUGGUCCAUCGUGUCUUGGCAGUAUGCUUAUGCCUGUUCAGGAAACAGAGUGGGAAGAGCUUAUUCGUACUGGCCAGAUGACUCCAUUUGGAACUAAAAUACCUCAGAAGCCAGAGAGGAAGACACGACGGUUAAUGCUAAAUGAAGCAUCUGAUUUUGAGAGGUACUUAGCAGACCAAGCUAAGCUGGCAUCUGAAAGAAAGAAGUUAUGCCUUCGCAAAGGAGCAAAGAAGAAAGCACAGGCCAAAACCAUUCAGUGCGUAGCUCCCACAUCUACUACAAAGGAAAAAAGGGGUAAAGCCCUGUCAAAAACAGAUAAGCGCUUAAAAAAGCACAUGAGAAAACUUCAGAAGCAUGCCCUUCAGAUUCAAUCAAAGGCAGAGAUUCCAAAAGAAAAGAAGUAUCUUGAGGCCAAGAAGUUCAGGCGUGAACGGGAGGAUGAUAGUGGAGAGUCUGAGUAUGUACCUGAUGAGGAGCUCUUUGAUCCAGAAGCAUCAGAAGAGGAGGAAGAGCAGGCAUCUUCCCAUGCUGAGAAUGAUUCUGAUUAUGAACUCAGGAAUGUGUCAAUAAAAAGAAAAAACUUGGUUAAGAGAGAUUUUAAAGAAGCUGAAGAUGAUGCUGACUUCUUUCCAAGCUCUGAGGAAGAAGAGCAUACACUGGGGAAGCGCAAAGUAAAGAGAUGGAGAGAUGAUGGAGAUGAAGACUAUUAUAAACAGAGACUAAGGAGGUGGCAAAAAGAACGUUUGAAGGAUAAAGAACAUCAAACAGCUGAGGAACUUUCGGAAGAAAGUGACACUGAAUUUGAAGAGGGUUUCAAAGUACCAGGAUUUCUCUUCAAAAAGCUUUUUAAGUACCAGCAGACAGGUGUUAGGUGGCUCUGGGAAUUGCACUGCCAGCAGGCAGGAGGAAUUCUGGGAGAUGAGAUGGGAUUGGGCAAGACCAUCCAGAUAAUUGCCUUCUUGGCAGGUCUGAGCUACAGCAAGAUCAGGACUCGUGGUUCAAAUUACAGGUACCAGGGAUUGGGUCCAACAGUGAUUGUUUGUCCAGCUACUGUGAUGCAUCAGUGGGUAAAAGAAUUCCACACUUGGUGGCCUCCAUUUAGAGUCGCUAUUCUCCAUGAAACUGGUUCUUAUACCGACAAAAAGGUGAAACUAAUUCGUGAAAUUGCUUCAUGCCAUGGAAUUUUAAUUACGUCUUAUUCAUACAUUCGACUGAUGCAGGAUAACAUCCACAGCUAUGACUGGCAUUAUGUGAUUCUGGAUGAGGGUCACAAAAUCCGAAACCCAAAUGCCGCAGUCACACUUGCAUGCAAGCAGUUCCGCACACCCCAUCGAAUCAUCUUGUCUGGCUCCCCUAUGCAAAAUAACCUAAAGGAGCUCUGGUCCCUCUUUGACUUUGUAUUCCCAGGGAAAUUGGGAACACUACCUGUGUUCAUGGAGCAAUUUUCUGUUCCAAUAACCAUGGGAGGAUAUUCCAAUGCCUCUCCUGUCCAGGUAAAAACUGCAUACAAAUGUGCCUGUGUGUUACGGGACACCAUAAACCCCUACUUGCUGCGAAGAAUGAAGGCUGAUGUAAAAAUGAGCCUUUCACUUCCAGAUAAAAAUGAACAGGUCCUCUUUUGCCGUUUGACAGAUGAGCAGCGUCAAGUUUAUCAAAAUUUCAUCAACUCUAAAGAAGUUUACGAGAUUCUCAAUGGAGACAUGCAGAUUUUCUCAGGACUAGUUGCUUUGAGAAAGAUUUGCAACCAUCCUGACCUCUUCUCUGGUGGUCCCAGGAUUUUGAAGGAUGUACCUGAUGCUGAAGUGGAGGAAGCAGAUCAGUUUGGAUAUUGGAAACGUUCUGGAAAAAUGAUAGUGGUAGAAUCCUUGCUGAAAAUAUGGCACAAGCAGGGUCACAGAGUGUUGUUUUUUACUCAGUCAAGACAGAUGCUGCAGAUACUUGAAGUCUUUGUGAGAGACAGAAACUAUUCCUACCUCAGGAUGGAUGGCACCACAACAAUAGCUUCCAGACAGCCCCUUAUAACAAGAUAUAAUGAGGACAAAUCCAUAUUUAUUUUUCUUCUAACAACUCGUGUUGGUGGCAUUGGAGUUAACUUGACUGGUGCUGACCGGGUUAUUAUUUACGAUCCUGACUGGAAUCCCAGUACAGACACACAGGCUCGGGAACGUGCUUGGAGAAUAGGCCAAAAGAAACAGGUGACUGUGUAUAGGCUUCUCACUGCAGGUACUAUUGAAGAGAAGAUAUACCACAGACAAAUCUUCAAACAGUUUUUAACGAACAGAGUGCUGAAAGACCCUAAGCAGAGGCGCUUUUUCAAAUCCAAUGACCUUUGUGAACUUUUUACUCUGAGCAGCCCAGAUGUGUCUCAGGGUACAGAAACAAGUGCAAUUUUUGCAGGUACUGGUUCAGAUGUUCAAGUCCCAAAACACCAAUUGAAACGGAAACUUGAAAAGCCACCUGAUGACAUAUCUAAAGGUGAUCUCCAUCUUACAGAAAGCAGCUCACCAAAGUACAGCAAGCCAUCGAAUUCCUACCCAACCACCCACAUGACAAAUUCUUCUUCUAAAACAACAGAGACAAGUGAGGAAACCAAAGGAAAUUUGGAAGCCUUUGACCAAAAUAGCUAUGCAAAAGAGAAUGCACAAGCUGCUACUAAUAUAAAUUCAUUAAAUAAAAGCAAGGAGGAAAGCUUGGAAAGAGCUGACAAAUCUACGUCCCAGUCAUUGCCAGGUGAUGCAGGGUCUUCAGAGAAUGCCAAAUGUCUGAACGCCAUGGUGGCUGAUGAAGUAUGUGGAGCUGCUAAUGCAAAUGUCAAGGGAGAUUUUAGCCUUACAUGUGGUGCGGCUGGCUCUUGGGAAAAGCAGGUUGCUAAAACUGAAGAUGAACACUUAGGUAAUAAUCAUUAUAAAUGUACCUCAAAAACAAAGCACAGGGUGGAUGUGCUGUCACAUGAAAGCCACAAGGAUAAGUCUAAGAAGAAACAUCACAAAGAUGCCAAAUUUGAAGGAGAGCGCAUUCCUCAUCUCGUAAAACAAAAGCGAUACAGAAGGGAGAACAGUGAAGAGAAGGAGGAAGACUCAAAGAAAAAUGACGAUUAUGUCUUGGAGAAACUUUUCAAAAAAUCAGGGGUACACAGUGUUAUGAAGCAUGAUGCCAUUAUGGAAGCUUCCAGUGCAGAUCAUGUGCUGGUAGAAGCAGAAGCAAACAGAGUGGCCCAGGAUGCCUUAAGAGCCUUAAAAGUCUCUCGACAGCGAUGUUUAGGAGCUGCUUCUGGUGUGCCAACCUGGACAGGGAUGAGUGGUCUUUCAGGUGCACCAUCAGCAAUAAAGAGUCGGUUUGGUCAAAAAAGAAACCCCACGCUCCUUUCUUCACAUUCCACUUGUGCAUCACCUGCGAAGAAGUGCAAGGAUGCAGAUACAAUAAAGAAAGAAAACUUGAAGAAGUGUAAUUCCAACGGGCACUUUGAUGGAAAAUCUGGAGAAUCAUCAUCCAGUGCACUAGACUCUUCAUCUUUAUUAGCUAAGAUGAGGGCAAGAAACCACCUUAUUUUACCGCAACAGACAGGGAAUGAGGGAGAUGAGAAUCAUCAGCAAGCACCUGCCCCAGCCCCAGGUCCAACAGAAUAUGAUGAACUGCUUGUGGAUGUGCGUAACUUCAUAGCGUUUCAGGCCCGCAUGGACGGCGAAGCUAGCACUCAGGAAAUACUGCAAGAAUUUGAGUCCAAACUGCCUGUGGCUCAGUCCUGCGUCUUUAGAGAACUUCUCCGCAAUCUCUGCACCUUCCAUAGGAGCCCAAAUGGUGAAGGUGUCUGGAGGCUAAAGCCAGAAUUCCGCUGACCUUUGUCAAGGGAAGGCACCUGUCUGUGUGCUCAGCCACCGCUCUCCUUUCAAGGACUUACUGUUUGUCAUUUAAAAUCAGGAAUUAUUUCAUAUUCAUGAUUUAAUAAUUGACUUGAGCAGUCAGUGGUGCAG